UUGAUGAAAUUGACUCGUAAAUUGAUUGAAAUCCGUUCAUUGUUAAUGAGUAUCGAUCAAGAUGAAACAUUAGUACUGCCUAGUAUUGUAGUCAUUGGAAGUCAAAGUAGUGGAAAAAGUAGUGUUUUGGAAGCAAUUGUUGGACACGAAUUUUUACCCAAAGGAAAUAAUAUGGUCACACGUCGUCCACUCGAAUUAACCUUAAUCCAUACCCCAUCCACAAGUCAAAACCCAAGUCCAGAAGAAUAUACAGAAUGUCCCGAAUUCGGACCUGGAAGGUUUACCGAUUUUUCAGAAGUUCAACAAAGAUUAACUAAAUUAAACCAAGCAGUACCCGACGCAAUAGCCGUAUCAGAACAACCCAUCUACUUGAAAGUCUAUUCACCUUAUGUACCUGAUCUUACGCUUGUCGAUCUGCCGGGUUAUGUACAAGUUUCAUCGAUGGAUCAACCUGAAGAAUUAAGAGAAAAGAUUCAAGGGUUGUGUGAAAAGUAUCUAAGGAAACCGAAUUUGAUUCUUUCGGUGUGUGCAGCGGAUGUAGAUUUAGCUAAUAGUCCUGCUUUAAGAGCGAGUAGAAGAGUCGAUCCUCAUGGGUAUCGAACGAUUGGGGUGGUGACGAAGAUGGACCUGGUGGAUCCAAAGAUCGGAGCUUCGAUUCUUUCGAAUGAAAAGUAUCGAUUACAACUUGGUUACGUAGGUGUGAUUUGUAAACCAUCUCAAACUGGAUUCUCAAGUCGUACAGGCUUGAGUGGAAACAAUCAAGUGAAUCGUUUAGCAGAACAAGAACAUCAGUAUUUCAGAUCACAUCCUGAUGCGUUUGGAGAAGCGAAUUUGUUGUUAGGAACCAUCACCUUGAAACAAAGAUUGAUGAGCUUAUUAGAAGAAUCUAUGUCCAGUUCAUUACAUGAUAUUACGAAUCGAGUCUCAUUAGAAUUAGAAGAAUCUACAUACCAGUAUAAGGUUCAAUACAAUGAUCGACAUAUCUCGGCUGAUAAAUAUGUUUCUGAAACUAUGGAUUCAUUGAAACGUAGGUUGAUUGAGUUUUCGAAAUGUUUAUCUAAAUCCGAAGUACGAAACAUGUUAAAAACAGAAUUAGAUCAAAAGGUUUUGGGAUUGUUGGCUGAGAUUUAUUGGAGUGAUCGAAGGAUAGCUGAGCUUUCGAAACUUGGUGAAAGUCGGAUUGGGAAUGAAGGAUUAGAUGUUCAUUGGAUUCAUAAGUUACAAUCAGUUCAGUCUAGAUUGACGAAAGGAGGGAUCGGACGUAGUGCAUCUGAAUUAGUGGCUGAUGAGAUUAGGUUUGCGAUCACCAAGAUCUUGGAACAAGAACCGAUUUCGUAUCAUCCGUCAGCCAAAUCGGAAAUCUUAAGUAUUACUGAAGAUAUCUUGGAUGGAUUAAGAUCAAGAGCAGCAGAUCAUGUGGAGAUUGGAGUGAUGCCGUUUAGAUAUGAAGUCGAGAUUUCGAAACCGGAAUGGGAACAGUCUAGAAUAAGCUCGAUAAGUUUGAUGGAAGAAGAAAUUAAGAUGUGUGAUGAGUUUUUAAAGAAUGAAAAACUUGAGCUUCGUAGGAAUUGGAGGUUGAGAGAAGCACUUGAACAUGUUAAGGAAGAUGAAGAUCGAUUGAGAAGGAAAGCUCAACGUUGGAUUCUGGAUGGGAAUGGGAAUUUGAAUGGAAAGAAGAUUGAGGGGAAGGAAGAAGUUGAAGUGGUUGAAGUUGAAGAAACUAGACCACCACCUAUUCUUUUAGACCGAGCAAGAAGAUUAAGAGAAAUGGAAAUCCGAUUUGAGAUUUUGAAAUUAAGAAUGAAUUCGAUCAAAUCAAGAAGAUGUAAACUUGGACCGACAUCUCAACCGUUUUGUCCGGAAAUCUUUUUAAACCUUUUGGCUGAUCGGUUAUCGAAUACGUCAACUGAUUUUAUUAAGAUUGAUUUACUUUCUAGAUUCUUUUCUACUGUACCGCAUGAGAUUAAUUCUAGGUUGGUUAAGGGCUUAGAAGGGGAUCAGGCAAUUGAAUUUGCAAGAGAAAAUCCAGAAGUUAAAAGACAUUUAGAAUUACAAGAUAGGAAAGAGAAAUUAGAAAAAGUUAUGAGAGAGUUGAUGACAUUGAGUUACAUGAAGGAAGAAAGUUCGAAUGCUUCAGCAGCAGGAUUGGUGGGAAUGGGAAUGGGAAAUUUGGGAGGGAGUAGUGGGGGUCAUAGAAGGUUUGGCUCGAAUGGGAAUGGGAAUGGGCAUCGAAGUUUAGGUUAUUUUUCUAAUUUCUUUUAAUUAUCUUAAACUGUUUACGCCUUUUUUUCUGGGGAGAGUGGGUUUAUUUUUAUUUAUUUUUUGGUUUUUUUUUGCUCAAGAUUAUGUAUUUAUAAAGAAAAAUGGAGUUUAAUUUUGUUGAAUGUAGAGGUUUUUCUUUGUCUUUAUUCGUUUUUGUUUUUGAAUAUAAUGCAUAAGUUUAUGAAGAUUUAAAAACC